CUGUGAGAAUAUCGUUCUCUGACUAGAUAGUUAACCGUAAAUUCGUUUGAUGAAAAUUUAAAGAUUUGCCAAAUAUACAUAUGUUUUAAUAAGAUAAUAAAGCAAAAGAAGUUAAGGUCCAGCCUCGAGUGAAUUUUGGACAUAGAAAGGUUUGUCCAUUUACAGUUAUUCGAAUUGGAAGUAAAAUAUUAUCUAACUUAAAGUCAUUGGUAUUCUUCGUUGCGUGCCAGCGGCGAUUAAAUACAGAAAAUGUUAAUAUACUCGUAGUAUAUUUAUGAAAUAAGCGCUCAACCCAAAUUAAUACAAAAACUUUCGUACAUACUUACCUGCCAUACGGGGGGCCACAAAUAAAGCAAGCGUGAUGAGUCGACUAUCUUAGAGGCGAGGCGUAAUUAUUGCAUUCCUAACAACAAUAUACACUAGAGUACAUACAUACUUACAUGCAUACAUGUCACUGAGCGCGAGCUUCCAUUCAACGUACGACCAGUUAAAUGAGUGUAGCCGAUAUUCAGUCGUUUAAUGGCUUUUGAGAAGUAAACAAGUGUCAAGAGUUUAAAGAAAGUAUAAUUCUGUUGAAACCUCAUAUUAUUCAAAUUUGAUAUAAAUUAGAGCAAUUUAAAGACAUUCCAGCAAUAAAAUGGAUUACAAACCAACUCCCACUGUGGUGCCCGCCGCCUCAUUUGACGCCGCUGCGGAUGCACAGGCACUGCGUGCCGCCAUGAAAGGUUUCGGUACGGACGAGGAGGAAAUCAUCAACCUGCUCACUGCGCGCUCCAAUGCACAACGGCAACAAAUUAAGGCGCAAUUCGAAACGGAAUUCGGGCGUGACUUAGUCGAUGACUUGAAGAGCGAAUUGGGUGGUAAAUUUGAAGAUGUGAUUGUGGCUUUAAUGACACCGCCCGUGGAGUAUUUAUGCAAGCAAUUGCACGAAGCUAUGGCCGGCAUGGGCACCGACGAGGAGACACUUGACGAAAUACUGUGUACUAAAACGAAUGAAGAAAUGCAGGAAAUUGUCGGAGCUUAUGAGGCGAAAUAUGAUCGGCCGCUGGCGGAGCAAAUGUGUAGUGAAACUUCGGGACAUUUUCGACGUCUGUUGACCUUGAUUGUAACAGGCGUACGCGAUCCCAUUGGAACUGUUGAUGCCACAAAAGCGCACGAAGAUGCCGAAGCUUUAUAUGCGGCUGGUGAAGAGAAGCUCGGCACCGAUGAAGAAGUAUUCAAUCGCAUUAUGUCGCACAGCAGUUUCGCGCAAUUGCGGCUCAUCUUCGAUGAAUACAAAGAGCUUUCCGGACAGACUAUUGAGCAGGCAAUCAAGCAUGAGAUGGAUGGCGCGUUACACGAUGCAAUGAUUGCUAUUGUCGAGUGUGUUCAGUCACCGGCCGCCUUUUUUGCCAAUCGCCUCUACAAAGCAAUGAAUGGAGCCGGAACAAAUGAUGCUGCGCUCAUACGUUUAAUUGUCAGUCGUUCGGAAAUCGAUUUGGGUACUAUUAAAGAUGAAUUCGAACGCAUCUACGAUCGUACCUUGUUUAGUGCAAUUGUG